AUGCAUAUCCUCAACCUCCUCCUCCUGCUCCCAGUAACAUUGGCUGUCGCAACCGGCAUCACAAAGCCCCCCAAGGGCUCCGUUGUAGUCGACAUCAACAGCAGUUCCCCCAAUGUUUUCAAAUCCGUGCAAGACGCCGUCUGGGCCCUCCCGAACGACACCUCCUCGCAGACAAUCUUCAUUUACCCUGGAACCUACAAGGGGCAAGUAGUACUCUGGCGUCCAGGUCCAACCGUCUUCCAGGGCUACACCAAGAAUAUCAAGUCGCAGAAAGAAAACACUGUGUUGCUCACAAACUCGUUGGUGGCCUCAGUGGCCGGCUCGAACGCAAAGAGCGCUACUCUGCAGAUCUACUCAAAUGAUACGACAGUGUACAACAUCGAUAUCGAGAACUCGUAUGGCACCGGUGGAGCAGAAGGGUCCCAGUCUCAGGCGUUGGCGCUGUGCCAGGCGGGUGCUAGAAAUGGAUACUAUUCGUCUGGCUUCUACUCCUUCCAGGACACUGUUUACACCCAAAAUGGCACCGCCUUCUUUGGCAAUGUCUACAUCAAGGGCGCCGUCGACUACAUCUUCGGCAUGCGCGGUCUCGCAUACUUCCAAGACGCUAUCCUGGCCUCCUCGCGCGCUGGCUACAUCACAGCCCAAGGCCGCGAGAACUCAUCUUACUUUGGUGCCUACGUGUUUGACAAUGCCAAGCUCAUCACCGUCGAGAAUGCCACGGACAACAGCAUGUUCCUCGGACGCCCAUGGCGCAACCAUUCCACUGUCGUGUUCAAGAACUCUGACUUUGGCAAUGUUGUAGACCUGCGGGGAUGGUCAAUUUGGGGCUCCACCGACCCGAGGACCGAUGCGGUGUACUAUGCCGAGUAUAACAAUAAGGGUGCGUCAGCGUGGAACUCGCAGAGGGCGAACUUCUCAAAGUUGAUUGGUAGAGAGGAGGCGGAGAAGACUUGGAGCGUUGAGAACACGAUAGGAAGCAAGAACUCGCAAUUAAAGCCGUACACCAAACAUGGCAGGGCCAGCUCGCAAGCGCACCCAUACUCCUGGCCCCACGAUGCCCCCCCCCCAAAGCGCUCACGCAAUGCCCGAGUGGAGGAAACCCCAGAUCCAAACUCCACCCAGGAGCCAGACCCCAAAAAGAAAAAGCAGCCUGCUUCAAAACCUACCAUUAAGCCUGAUUACGCACCCAAUCAUCUCCGAAAGUUCAUGCAAAGCUCUAAGUCGAUUGAAGAAUGGAGCGCGCGCGUGCCGCUUUACUGGGCCCAAGUAUUCUUCGUGCGCGCCGGGUUUCUUCAAGCCCCUAUACGCGCCCUCUUUAAGCAACUCCUGCCCGCCGAAGAGUUGUUUGCCAAAGCCGAACUUGAUCUUCUUGGCGACUUCCAGGCUGCGCACGAUAAGGUUUUAAACCAUCUGGUCAAAAAGGUCAAGCAAUACGCCCAAAUCUUCCAGGAAAGCCCCCUCCUGGAAGACUAUCUUAAACGACGGUCCCUUGCAGAAACUGCGCAUAGGGUUCGCCCCUCCCCACCUUUGGCGGACGUUACCGCUUUUGGGAUGACGGAGCUCAUUGAAAUCCACACGCCCCUACUGAUAGGCGUGCCCACGGUGAAAGCUCCGCCUGGCCAUAUUGGCUGGCUCGAAGAUGAUACGGAUGAAUACUGGGAAAAGACCCUGCGCGAUAGAUUUUGCGUCGCUGUGGGCAAAGCUCUCCAUCAGUGCGGCACAGACCCCAUCAGCGACCUGGGCGAUAAUUACAUAGCGACUAUCUUCAAGGACAUAACCCCUGCCACCAAUUCCCCCCUUAUAUGGCCUCCGCCAAUUCCCUCCACCCCCAUCAAAGACCGUCCACCCGCCUUACUACUGCCAUAUUGCCCCACGGAGAAUUCAUCGCAAAAUAGCGGCUACACGCCAGUUCUCCCCACUCCCCCAUCGCCGCCACAUGGAGGUUUACUCUCCGACUUUGACGACCCUAACUUUGACUUCACUGGCAUCGUGAAAGAUGCGGAGAAUGCUGUUUCGAGUACCAACCAACAGAUUGCAGAGGAUGUAAGCAAGUUCCGGGCUUUGCGCGCUAAAUCUGCGGACCUAGUGGACGCAGAUAUAUUUGCGCGCCCAGGAAAUCUUGACUCCGCCUGUGAUUACAAUGAAGAAACUCCACUCUCCAAUACCCUCGCCAAGAUAUACGCGCGCUCCAAUAUUUACAUGAAGCAUGAAAUUCAUCAGCGGAUAAUCCUCGACGAGUGCAACCGCAUGGAUACUAUCGCCUACGCUGCCCUACGCCGUAAGGAAUACCUGCUCACUGCUACUCGUAAACAGCACGCUCUUAUUGAGCAGUACAAAAGAAAAAGAGACAAGCUCUGUGAGCUGUACGGAGAAGAACCAUCGCUCCUCGAAAAUUUGUCUAACGCAACGCAAGCCAUGGAAACUGAGAGAGCAUAUACUACGCGCGCGCGCGAUCAGUCCAAACAGCCAGCGCAACAGAUGCAGCAUCACUCCAACCCCUCAUGGCAAAACCACCCCGCCGAAGCUCCUGGCACCGCGCAACAAGCAAUGUCGCCCACCAGCGCCUUCUUCGGCAUUCCUCCUGCGCGCCUACCCACCGAGCAUAUUUUUAAAUCGCGCAAGGUAGCAAAAGCCCCGCCCGCAGAAUCCCACGUGAGCUCGAGAGGUGACAUGGGCUCCCGAUAUCACCACACGGCGAACCCUUCUGCACCCCUUAAAACCAUGAGAAUAACCCCCGAGCGUAAAACGAGUGAGCACGCGCCGUCACCGCUAUCUACGCAAAUGGAUCCUCAAUCGCCCCGCGAAAACAUCACGCGCGCGGGGUCGAGAUAUUGGCCCCCUAAUAUGACCACUGCGUUUCGUGAGCCUUCCAGUGAAGCUUGUAGUGUCAUUGACCUUGAAGCCGAGGAUGUUGUCGAUUCUGGAGCGCCCCUCCCUACCCCCGCGCCCCUCUCUACCCCCGCACCCCAGACUCCCCGCUAUGGCCCUAGACCGCAGAGCCAGGGCUUCGAGGAUAGGCAUAAAGGGCUCUAUACAAGGCAAACCUCCAGCAGGGCGGUUUUCCCACCUAAGCUUGAAGUGAUAAAUGAGAAUGAGGCAGGCUCCUCCCCCACCGUCCCCGAUACCCCCCAGCACGAGGACGUCAAUACCGAUGCGCGGCGCCCCACUCGAGGCUCAGCAGAAAUAUCACAGAAGACGACAGAUGUCGGCAAUUGGGUGAAUGCAAUCCCCUCGGACGGAGAUGUAGAAGGGGGGGCAGAAAGUCUAGAAGGGGGGGCAGACAAUCUAGAAGGCGGGGCAGAAAAUCUGCCAAAGCAGGAUUCUUGA